AUGGAUGAUAAAAUUGAUUUAAUUUGGUAUGAAGUGUGGUCAAGUGCCACACCACGUCCAUUUUAUUUUCACAAGAAAGAUGAAGCAGUUUCUUGGGACCCGCCAGCUGAUGCAAUAAUUUUUGAUCCUCCUGACGGAUUCUUCUGCUUCCCUCCAGCACCAAAAUCAUCAGAUGAGCCAGAAAUAGAUAUUAACGACAAAGAUACGUCCUUAAUGUCUCGAGUUGGUACCCUUAAAUCUUAUAAAUCUCAAAAUGUUAUAUCAAACUUCACAUUAGAAGAAGAAACACAAGACAUUUUCUCAUUACAAGUACAAGAACCAGAAUUAUUAAUGGAUAUUCCGUAUUUUCCGGAUGAUUUAUUCGUUUUAAUGAGCAAAACCGCGAUUAUUAAAUAUUUACAAGAUAAUAUCGGUCAACAGUUUGUAGGAACCCUUAGUAAGCAAGAAAUGCCUUUUGAUAAAGUAAUAAAGCCGGGUAAGAAAUCGUUAAGUGGCCCAAUUCUUAAAAAUCGAUCUACUUCUUCGAAAAAUGUAUGUCAAUCAUUAUUUAAGUACAUAAGGACCUAUUUGAAUAGCGCUAGCGAAUCUAGUUUAAAUGAUUUUACUAAAUUAAUUGAUGGAAAUGAAGAUAUGCUUGCUGAUGAAGCCUCAGUACAAAUAUUAACAGAAUUAAAUACGACAGCAGUUACAAAUAAUACAAUUAACGCAUGGAAUUUAUUACUUUAUGUCGGUUCAAAAUAUAUUGUUACUGAACCAAUAAGAUUACUAAUUAGAAGUUUCUGUUUUUUAGUUGCUACAUCUGACGGUGUUGAUUAUGAACUGAAAGAUUUAGCUUCUAUUUGCUUAUUAAGAUUUUCAUCUCGAAUUCCUGUUAAUUUUGGUCCAGAAGUCACUCUCAUGGAAUAUAUGAAUAUAUGCACAUCACAAACAGCAUUGUUUGGCUUUUCAAUUUCAGAAAUUUUGUGGAAAGAACAUUUACGUGGUGUUGAACAUCCAGAUAAUGUGCCACAAAUACUAAAGAAGAUAGCAGUAAAGCUUCGUGACAUGAAUGCAUUCCAGCAUGAAGGAAUUUUCAGAAAACCUGGUGGAAAAACUGAACAAUUAUCAAUGGCAAAUAAGAUAAAUAACGGAGAAUGGGAGAUAAACUCGCUAUCAAUUGAUACUGUUGCAUCAAUGAUAACUUUGUUCUUCUCAAGAUUAAGAGAAUCCGUAAUUCCACCAGAUAUGAUACUCAAAAUGCAAGCUAAUGCUCCAUCAUAUGUUAGCAUUUCUUGUGCAAACUCUCUUCCAGCUGAGCAUCAUGAUACUUUGAUGUUUUUCAUAGGCUUACUUCAAGAAUUUCUGAUUUACAAGAGUAAAACCAGAAUGAAUGAGAAGAACUUUGUAAUUUCUUUCGGAGCGAUGUUAUCCAACAUUCCAGAUCCACUUUCUUUGGCAGAUGUAGCUACAUUUCCGCCAAGAGUUGCACUUCAGCGGAUGUUCACAAAUCUUCUCCGAUUUUGGAGAACAACAGACGUCUAUACUUGUUUGACAUUAUAA